UUACGUAAUAAAAAUUGUUCAAACUGUAGAACAGUAUAAAGAAUUAGAAAGAAACUUGAUCAAUUCACAAAUAGACAUUAUAAACAAGUGUUAAAGUUGACAAAAAACUUGAGCUUCGAUCACGACAAACUUAAAAAAACGUUGCAAAUUGUCGACCUUUAUGAGCAGCGACUUUUGUAGAUUAGAAAUGACAACCAAGCCGAGCAGCCGAGGAAUGUUUCCAGAGUUACCCGAGCAGUUCGUAUGCAUAAACAUGUUUUUCCCGGAACUAAUCUAGAUCUUCAACCGACGUUUUUUUGGAAAUUUCGCCGGAAUACAUGGACGAUUGUCUUAACAAUAAUAAUGACUAGCUCGACGUCGCAAACACGAAACUUGCAUUUAUAGCUACUCGUUGUAUGUAGUGUAACUGAACUGUACCUUACCAAAGCAUGGACUUGAUAACCGUCGCUGAGAGUGGACUUAGUGCCUCUCGCUGUGUACACAGUCACUUCAUAAUCGUAAGCACAUUUUGUCAUCUGACUCAGUUGUAGCAUAUUCUCCUGGACAACUUUUCCUUGCAAACUGGCUACGUAAAGAACUUGCACGCAAACCAGGAAAUGUUUACCGUACAUUAUGGCGGUCGAGACAAACACAAAGAUUCUUUUUUUUCUUUUUGAUAUAUCAUUCAAAGUUAAGGCAUCUUCUUCUCUUGGUAGGUCUAGAAUGCAAGGACCCCAAGGCAACUUCGGAUUAUCGUCUACCGGUAUAUAUACUUCCGUUCUUAGAAAUACAUGCACAGGAAUUCUACGAUUUGUUCGAACAGGUUCGUCGAUAAAGUUGUUUUUGUCCUCAAUAGCACAAAGGAAACAAAGAAACACAAAAGAUAACUGUAAUUAGUGCCGCUCCAUCCGAUAUUUUCUCUAUAAGCAAUGAACUGUUUCUUUCACGAGUGUUUCAGUACAAAAUGUUUAUUCCAAAUAAAUAAAACGGCAGUUGCUUCUUCCUAGGAGAGUAGCACGACCUUAAAUAAAGCAACUAUCGGGCUUGGAAGACGCUACGAAAAACAACAUCACUUGAAAUACCAACAGGCACAGAACUGAGAAGAGACGGGUACUGACGAAAUGAGAAGGGUUUUUCUUACAAUCUUCUUGCUGUACCUUUUGACUGAAGCAAGCGCCUGGCGACGACGAAGACGGAGAAGGGCUCCACCUCCUUGUAGCGCUGUAAACUGUCAAGUGGGAAGCUGGACAAGUUGGAGUUCUUGUUCACAUCAGUGCGGUACUAGCGGCGAACAGACACGAACGCGGCGACAGGUAAAGGCCGCGUCUUGCGGUGGCACUUGUCCUUACAACUUGCGUGAAACGCAAGCGUGUAACAGAGAUAAUUGUCGAAACGGUGGCACGCCGCACAGUGGCGGAUGUAGCUGUAGAGCAGGAUACCGUGGGACUUGUUGCGAACAAGGUGAAGAUAGUUGUCAAAACGGUGGCACGCCGUACAGUGGCGGAUGUAGCUGUAGAGCGGGAUACGGUGGGACGUGUUGUGACCAAGGUGAGUCUAAACUCAGAAUUUAUUUCUCGGAAAACUGACGAAACGAACUGCUCAAGGCAGAGUGAAAAUUUGAAACAAAAUGUAAAUUACUGAUAAUAUGGCAAAUGGACUUUUAAUAGAAUUGGCGACACCGUAAUAUUGAAUGGAACUAUUCAAACAUAGUCAAUAAAUCGAAUUAAGAUGCGCACAGCACAGUUCAAAUGACAUUUCAAUCUCGCACUUUUCGUAUUUAUAUUGAAUGCGGUUUUGAUGCCGUCUAGACUUAAAAUUAUUCAAAGAAACAUAGUCUUGCGAUUUUUGAGUGGAAGGUAGCUACAGAGAGGAGUUUCAGUGCGUUAAUUUUAAAAGCUUCAUUUAGUACACGCACAAAGAAUGUUCGAUGUAAUUAUUUACUUUACUUCAAAGGAUCAACAUCACAGCAUCAUUAAGAGUCAAACAUAAAGUAAAUGCUAUAUUAUCUAACCUACUUCUGAAAUUAAACGCUGCGUGCAAUAUCAGGUAAUAUGCUCAGCGUACAAAUGCAUGCUCGCCUAAAUUACAGUUUGAAAUUCUUUGUAUUAUUCAACAUCUUUGCCGUUAGUACUAUAAAUGAGAUCAAUUAAGGUGUCAGUUGGUUCUAAACAGAAACAAUUUCCCCUAACUUUAAGUACCAAGGCUCAAAAUGCCGAAAACUUAAAACUUGCACAGCAUCUGGACUGAUUUGAUAUAAGUUAGGACAUCGAUUAUUAAAAUAGCAGUUUCAGAAGUAGGAGCUUCAUUGGCGCGCCGGUCGGCUCGCGUGUGGGUCACGCGCGCGAGUAACGAGGCCGCGAAAACGUAAUGGCCGCGCGAGACGCAUCAAAAUGUAAUGGCCCUUCUCUCAAACUUAGAGGUUCCCUUCCUCCACAAACAAAGGUACAAAAGCGCUUGAAAUGUAAUGAGAACUCGGGAAAACAAAGCCCCGUUUUCAUGACUAAGCUACAAUAGAUUGUUUUAAGUUGCGUCAUCUCUGAAGUAACUCCAAGAAAGAGUUUAGAGCUGAUUUGAGUAACUGAAAAUUCUCCGAAACAAAAGUUUUGAACAUUCUCAUUAAACUGAAUGCAAAGCGGAUUUCUUUUGGUUCUUUCGCUCAAACGCCUGUGACAGUCGAGGAGAUGCGGUCGAUACGGAAAAACUGACCGGGAAUAGUUAAAAGGCUGACUCUUGUAAAUGUUUGCUUUAGCAGUAAAAACAUGAAAUCCACUAGAUCGACGGAACAAAAGACUUCACAACUGCGUUUAUUUAUUGAGCUUUCGCUAAUAACUUUAUUUUCAGUUAGUAGAAUUUACAAAUCUUAAUUUUAACGCAAAGUCUCCUUGCGCGAUUAAAAUACAUGUGUGUUUGUCUUUCUAUCGGAAAUGCCGAAUGACAAUAUGAUCAUUGAGAUUAAUGGACUGAAAAUGAAAUUGUGCAAUUCGUCACGGUUUCGAUUUCCUCUAGUGCGCGGGCAAUAUGACAUGCCGUACUAUGAUAUUUAUCGAAUCUAGCGCGCUCACUAGUACAGCUGUAAAAUAUUCAAGAACUAGUACAUUUUUGCGUAAGAAAGUGCAAGCUUUGAGGUAGAAGAAAUUCCGCUGAUCUUUGAAAACGUAUUUAAGUUUUACACGGUUUGAAAUUUUGUACACAAGUUAUGAACUCACCAGAGCGUGAAGUUGAAAUCCUUCCCCAGCAGUAGAGUGCGCCCCUCUAGCGGUAUGCACAGCAACUUCGUAAUCGUAGGUACAUGAGGCCU